UAUGAGUAUUAUUUUUGAUAAACUGUUUCGGUAAUUCUCUGAAUUAUAUGAGAACUUUAAUCCAUCUUAUUUUAUAAUAGCAGUCGUAGCAUUUUCUUAGGGUGUAUAACAUUUAGCUGAUUUAUCUAUAAAUUAUAUGUUAAAAGAUGAUUUUGGAUUAUCACCAGCAAUGAUGGGAUUGUAUUUGAGUUAUACAACAACUCCUUGGAUAGUGAAACCAUUUUGGGGUUUAAUAACAGAUUCAAAGCCUUUACUUGGUUAUAGAAGAAAAUCAUAUAUAAUAUUAUUUGGGAUAUUUGAUGCCUUAGGAUGGAUAGCAUUAUCUAAAUAUGGAACUGAUAGUUUGUAUUCUGCCUUAUUGUUAUUAUUUUUAAUACAAUUAUCAACAUGUUUUGUUAACGUUGUAGGAGAAGCAAUUUUAGUAGAAGUUGCUGCUUAAUCUUCUAGAUAAUAAACAAAUUUUUAACAUGGUGCUUCAAAGAAUGUUUCAAUAUUUUUUGGAGUUAGAGCUUUUGGAACAUUAAUAAGUGCAUUCUUUUCAGGUUAACUAUUACAUUAUUUUACAAAAUAAGAGAUAUUUCUGAUGACAGCUGCAUUUCCAACACUUUUAGUUUUAGUUUCAUUAUUUUAUGUUGAAGAGAAAGUAGAUCCUAGAUCUUUAGAUUAAAAUGAUAGAAGAAAUAACACUAUGUAAUGUAUCAAAGAUUUUUGGACAUUCUUUUAAAAUCCUUUAAUUUAUAAGUAUUAUAAUAAUAGAUUCAAGGCCAGUUGCAUUGAUAUUUUGUUUUAUGAUGGCUCCAUCAAGUUCAACUAUAAUGUUCUUUUUUUAUACAUAAGUUUUGGGUUUUGAACCUUCAUUUCUAGGAUAAUUAAAGUUUGUUUAUGCAUUAUCAACUAUUUUAGGAGUCCUUCUUUAUAAUAAUUAUCUAAAAGAUGUUCCAUUUAAAAAAAUAUUUAUUACUACAACAAUUCUUUAUUAUUUUUGUUAUCAAUCUAUGAUAAUUCUUGUUACUAGAAAAAAUGUAGAAUGGGGCAUAAAUGAUAAAUUCUUUUGUUUAGGAGAUUCUGUAAUGUUAUAAUUAGUAGGGGAAUUAAAUUUAAUGCCUAUUUUAGUUUUAGCAUGUAGAAUGUGUCCUAAAAAUAUUGAAGCUACUAUGUAUGCAAUGUUGAUGAGUACAAUCAAUUUUGGUAUACAAAUAUAUUUUAUUUAUUAUUAUUUAGGAUCUACAUUAGGAUCAUAAUGGGGUGCAUUAUUCUUAAUCAUUUUAGGGGUAAAUUAAAAUGAUUAUUCCAAAUUAUGGUUAUUUAUUAUUGUUACUGGAGUAUUCAUUUUAAUGCCACUUCCAUGGGUUGGAGUUGUUAAAGAAGAUAAAAUUCUAUAAUCAAGAGAUUAAUAGUUGGCUCAAUUAAAAAAGAAAGAUUUUGAAUCUGAUACAGUUUCUACCAGCAAUUUAAGAUAAGAAGAUGACUAAUAAUAAUUACUUUCCGAAAAUGAAUAAUAAAAGUCAUGA